AAAUUCUCUCAGGGAGAAAAAGCCUUUUUUUCUUGCAUUCCUGGGUGAAUCACACAGUUAUGAGCCAGCCCUUUCUUCCUGUUUUUGUUUGCGACAGUGCCUUCCUAGUGGUUCUCAGGGAUCCCUGGCUUCCAGCCUGUUUUGGCAAGUAAAAAUGAAACCAUUCUGGGGACUUUCCAAACCCAGCUUGGAGGAAGAUGGCGCUGCCGCUGGGUCUCGGGCCCCUGGAUCAGCUGGCGCUCUGUCUGAUGCUCCUGUAUGGAGCCCCAUCGGAAGCCUGGGCUGGUCUCUUUAAUAUCUACGACUUUAAUCGCCUCUCCGGGUCUCUCUCACUCCUCUUUGCUCUCACACUGCCCUCUGAGACAAGUCAACACAGAGCAAGGGAUUCGAAAACCUGCCGGGGAUUUAGCUGACCGGCUCAAGCACCCGCCUGGGUUCCACACUCUGCGCUAUGACCUUGUUGCCUUGUCUCAAGCUGGGGGGACCCAGUUCCUGGCCCUGGGGUUCUUCGACGGUGUACUCUUCUUGCGCUACGAUGGGGAGACCCAGAAAGCCCAGCCCUGGGGCCUCAGGCACAAGGAACAAAUAGGAGAUAUAAUAACUUGGGAGCAGGAGACUGAACACCUGCAGGAGAAGGAGCAUCAGCUGAGGAGGACACUGGCUGACGUGGUGGUCCAGAAGGGCCAUGAAGAGGGCCUUAACACCCUCCAGGCCACUUUGGGCUGUGAGCUUCAAGGGAAUCUCAGCGCCGGAGGCUUCUGGCGGCUGGGCUACCGUGGACAGGAUUUCCUCACCUUUGACCCGGCAUCCUUCACGUGGACGGCAACGCUGCCCUCAGCCCGGCAGUCCAAACAGUUCUGGGAGGUGCACGGCCCCAGCAUGAAUCAAGUGAAGAACUUCCUGUAUGAGACAUGCCCCAAACAACUCCAGAGACAUCUGGCUGCCUUGAGGGACAUCCUAGUGGAUACAGGUUCCCCGUCGGUGAUUGUGACCCACAGUAAGAGGUCAAUGGGCAGGGUGACCUUAAAAUGCUCAGCUUUUAAUGUGAAUCGUUGGGGUGCCACACUGACCUGGCUUUGUGAUGGGGACCCCAUGCACCAGGGCAUCUUCGGGCCUGGGACCAUCCUGCCCAGUGGCGAUGGGACCUACCAGACCUGGGUGACCACUCAUGUCCUUCCUGGAGAGGAGCAUAGGUUUAUCUGCCACCUGAGACAGCAAGGGAAAAACACCACAGACCCUGUCACCUCAGGAUACCUACCCAGGAGGAAUUCUGGAGCUGCUGCCAGGGCUUCUUCUCAGGCUGCUGUCAUGCUGUGCGCUUUGAUGGUUUUGGUCACUGAUUCCUAGAGAACCAAGGACACGGGGUCGGGGAAGAACCCAGGAAUAGGAUGAGGGGAAGAGCUCACUCCUGCUUUCCGCAUCUGUCACACCCGGGAGGAUUCCAUGGAGCCAGGCUGGAGAAUAAGACCUUGGGCUGAGAGAGUUGGAGAGGACAGGGGCAGGAAAAGUAUGAAAUAUUCAUAUUGCCUGUCACAUGAGACCAACACUGUGGAGUUCUCAAUCAGCUGAAGUGUUUCUUUAUAGAAAUAAUUGAAACAAUGCCAGCAGAAAGGCACACAACACCAGCACCACUUUGCCACCUAGCGAACAAGUCUGAAGCCCUUAGCACACUUAGUUUCCAACGUUGCUGCCAUCAGACACUGGAUGUUUGGCACACCCUGGUGGAAAGAAGAAUGCUACUCAUGCAGUGGUGUUGGAAAGGCUUUUGGUAAAGGUAAGAAUCAGAAAAUCUGGUUCGGCUCCAUUAAAGAGCGAAUGCCAGGCAAAGUCACAAUUGGGAAAGCUGUAAGACAGUGACCCCGUCUCUUCACCAAUAUCAAGUGAACAGAGCACCAGCAAGAUAAAUACAGAACAGAAGAACAGUUUCUUUCAAGCAAUCUUGCCAGCUUUCAAUGGAGUUUUUAAUUUCCUGGCUGUCUCUUUGCAUCUGUUUCAUGUAUUCUAGGUCUUUUUUGUAUUUCUUAUUCAAGGUCCCUCCCAUUUAUCUUUUGAAACUUGCCCCCCAUUAUGACGAUGCCAAGGUGAGGCAGUUAGGAGCUGAUUAGAUCAUGGGAGCAGAGCCCCAGAGAGCUGCCAUGGCCUUCCACCAGGGAGGACACAGCCUGAAGGUGCCAUCUAGGAACCAGAAGACAGGCCAUCACUAGACAGUGGGUCUGCCUGCACCUUGACGUUGGGCUUCCUACCCUCCAGAACUGUGAGGAAUACAUUUCUGUCAUUUAUAAGUCACCUAGUUUAUAGUAUUUUGUUAUAGCAGCACAAGGAUACCCAAAUCUACAUAUGUUCAAAUCUCUUAUGUUAAAGAGAUUUGCAUAUAACCCAUAGACUUCCUCCCUUUAAAUUAUAUCUAGGUGGGCUGGGAAUUUAGUUCAGUAGCAUAAGUGUCUGCUUUUCAAGUGCAUGGUUGUGAGUUCGAUCCUCGGUACUGAUUAAAAACAAAUAAUAAAAUUAUAACUAGGUGACUUGGACUUCCGGGAGAACAUGGUGAACAGAUAGCAGCAGCUACGGAGGCUCUCUGAAAGACCCAGCUUAGAAUUCAGGAAUGGUGCAGAGUGAGGAAUCCUAAGCAAGAGGAGUUAUGCCCCGCUGACCCAAGAACAAACUAGGCUGAGAGAAACCAACUGGAAAUGCAAUCCUGGUGCUAUAAAAGGAACAGAAAAGCCUCAGUGUGGAAGGUGGAGGCUACACCUUUGGAAGGUGCAAGUUGGGCUUCCCGCCGCUGCUGCGUCUACAUCGGCUCGGCAGGGAGAGAGACGCGCAAAAGCUCUGAGAACGGGAAUUGGUGAACGGAGUUGAAAGGACAGGCAGGGAGCUGUGCAUUGACUUGUGGUGAGUGAGAGAAACUGGGACUCUUCCACCGUCUAGGAGACUCCAACAAAGGACAUUCUGGGACCGGGCAGACUUGUGGGAAUAAGGUGCUACAGUGACUUCAGCCACGUAUCCCCCUCUCAAGCGGGAUUGGUGAGCAGUGCCUAGCCUACAUGAUGCUGCUGGCUGAGACCCAGUAGGCUAGCACAACCCAGGUCCCAGCGCCUGAAGGUAGAUUGACCUGGAGGGGCGGGCCCUGCAUAAGCUGCUUGGUCUGCAACUUCCUGGUGCACUGCGGUGGGAGGGAACACCCAGCUGGCGCAAUUCAAUCAGACUGUGGCUGACAAGGAAGGAAGCUGGGCCUCCUAUAUACACUUGCAUAUAUAAGGAACAAAGAAUAUGGGAAGACGCAGCAACAAGAAAGGGUCCUCGGCCCCCAAUCCUGAGAAAGAGGCAAUAGCAGACACAGCAUCAAUAGAUAUAAAGUGCUAUCUCCAGAGCCUCAUAGACAAGUUCAGGAAUGAAGUUAUUAAUGACCUGCAGCUAGACAUAAGCAGAAUAGUUACAGAAGUGCUAAGCACCACCCAAGAAAAAACAGAUGGUGGGAUGGAAGAACAGAAAAAGAGGGGAGAAUUGUUUAAUGGAGAAAAUAGAGAAAGCAUAGAAUAUGUGAAGCAGGUUCAAAAAUAACUAGGUGACUUAUAAUUCCUAGUGUAAUGUAAAUAGUUGUUAUAUUUUAUUGAUGCAAGAAUAAUUAAUACAGAUGUGUUAUUUUCGUCAAGUUGAUUUUGAUUUGUAGUUGGUUGAAUACUUGAAUGCAGAAGUGAUGGAUACACAGAGCUGACUGUUCUGCUUAAAGAAGAGACAAAACCCAAGGAAACCAAAGGAGUCUAGCAACAACCCUGCACAUUUACUUUUACCCUAUUAAUAAUGCAGUCACCUCUGCAGUGCAGUUGGGAAAAAUGAGGUUUUCAGUAAAUAAUGCUGGAUCAUUUGGAUUCUCCUGCCUCAGCUUCCUGAGUGCUGGGAUUAUGGGUAUGUACACCAUGUCCAAUAGAAUUAUGAUCAUGAUAUUAUCAUUAUUGUGAGAUUAAAUGUGAUUUAAAAGAUGCACUGA